ACUUGGCAGAUUUUUUGUGCUGCCACAGUCUUACAGUACGUAAACCUUCUGUGUGUGCAGCAUUGCACCCACUCACUAAUGUGUUCUUCUGGAGCAGUGGCACAAUGGCUUCAGGAAAAUAUCACCAGCCUGGCACAUAUAAUGGAUGUAAAGCCAAUCAGUUAGUGUCACAGGAAUACACUCAGGAACUGCAUUUUAAAAUGUGUAAGAAGAUCGCACAACUCACCAAGGUGAUCCAUGCUCUGAAUCAUAAAAUCGAUGAAUAUGAAGUUAACAUUCUAGCCUUGAAAGAAACCCAUCAACAAGAAAUUGAUCUAAUUUCCGCUGAAACACUGGAGAAAUGCCUCCAGUAUGAUAAGAAAAUCGAAGAGGAAGAGAGCUUGCGAUUGCGAAUACUGAGCCUCGAAGAGUCCCUGGAAAAAAAUAAUUUGAUAAAGGAGCAAAGCUUAGCGGAUUUUGACACUUAUAAAAAACAAACAGAGGAAAGCGAGCUGAAAACCAAAGCCGAACAUGACGAGAAGGUAGCAGCCUUAUCCAACGAGAUCCAGUCGAUGAAAAAUGACUAUGAAAAUCACCUUAAGAAACUAACAGAGGAAGCAGAUUCCUUGAGAAACGAGUGUAAAUCAUGCAAAAAAGACAGGCCGUCUGACAAUGUAACUAAGCAGCUAAAUAAAGAGAUUGAUGCUUUAAGUAAAGAAGUUGAGAAACUGAAAUCUCAGCAAAAAAUGUUAACGGAGGAGUAUGCGCGGAAAGUGGGGAACCUGCACAGUAGCUACAGCAAAGAGAGAGAGAGCCUGAGGAAAGCCUUGCAACAAUCAGUGACUGACAUGAUACAGCAGCUACAACAGAAAGAACAAGAGCAGAAGAGAUGUGUUCAGGCAAAGGAAGAUGCCAUGUUACAGGAAGUAAAGCAGCUAAAAGGGGAGAUUGAUACAAAGACUCAGGAGAUUGUAGAAAUUACAAAGCACUCUCAGAAGAUGAAAGAGAAGAUACAGGAAUUUGAAACACAGCUCAGCAAGAAAGGGCAGGAGUUGACAGAUUCCAAAAGCAUACAGGGGCAAUUAGAAGAAGAACUCAAUAUUGCAAAGCAAAGACUUCUCCUGCAAGAAAAAGAGAUCCACAGUCAAACAGAACAGAUACAGGCCCUGUCGAGCACACGGAAAGCCUAUGCCACCGAACUAGCAGAACUAAAAAGCCAAUAUGAAAAACAGCAGCUGACGUGUUCAAAUGGAAAUAACAAUGGAGAAGUUGUGACAUUGAAACAGGAAGAAAGUUCACAAAAUCUUUUAAGGGUUCGAAAUGAUGAACUGGAAGAAAGUAAAAGGGAAUUAUCUAGACUGAAGAUGGAAAAUUCAGAUUUAAAGAGUUCGGUGGAUCAACAUAGCAAAGAAAAUGCAAUAUUACAACUAGAAGUUUUAAAUUUAACAGAAAGACAAAACAAAAUUACCAAAGACCUAAGACUGAAGCAAAAGACUGAACUAGAUGUCCCGAGACACAGUCAUCAACAGGAAAUCCAAACCCUGGUAUCUAAUUUCAGUAGUGCUCAAGCCCUUCUUCAGGCUAGAGUCAUUUCCUUGGAAGCUGACCUUAAAGAUAUGGAAGAUCGAUUUGCAAAACAUCCUAGACCCGAAGAUUUAAAGCUUAUAAAAUGUUUGCAGGAUAAAAUUGCUGAGAAAGAUCAAGUUAUUAAACAUUUGUUGGAAUUAAAAGAAUAUGAUAUGGAGGAUGAUGUUCCAUUUAAUUCAGAAACCCACAGGAGUCAGUCAUUUUCUUGUAAUGCAGGUAGUUUAACGCCCACAUUAAAGCAGAAAAAGAAGAUUGGUGAAAUCCCAACUCGUGUAAUCAGUGUUCCAAACCUAGCUGCGUAUGAGAAAAACCUUAUGAAUCAUGAUAUUAUACCACGUAAAAUCAUGAAUCCAAUAAGAAAUUCUCCAAGUUUGGAUCAAAGCGUAAAACAUGGUUAUCCUUUCAAACCACCAGCACAGCUCCUAAACAUCAUUCGUCCAAGCAGGCAUGCGAAUUCACGCCAAUGUUUCUUCAAAGGCAGACUCUUCAGAUCAAGAACCCAAGAGGCCUGAGUGGUUCACAAAAUAUUUCUCAUUCUGAAAAUAUCCAAAAACAAAAAAACCAAAAGAUGAAACUGCAUAAAUGCAUUACUCACGUUGCACUGUUAUAGAUACUGUAUUAUAAAAAUAACAAUUCUUAUAUUAAUAAAAUAUUCCUGUAAUUGUGUUUUACUUUGUUUACAGAAUA